AUGCCUAAAAAGAAAAGAAAAAAGGAGGCACCCGAGCUACCAAUCCUGGAGAGCAAAAACUGGUUGAUCUAUCUGCUGUAUGUUCACAGAGACUACGAGGAGUGCAAGGCUGUCAUCAAAGAGCAGCUCCAGGAGUCCCACGGGCUGUGUGAAUACGCAGUCUACGUUCAAGCUUUGAUAUUUCGCUUGGAGGGGAAAAUUCAAGAAUCUCUGGAACUUUUUCAGACAUGUUCCAUCCUGAACCCUCGGAGCGCUGACAACCUCAAGCAGGUGGCACGGUCACUGUUUCUUUUGGGGAAGCACAAGGCGGCCAUUGAAGUGUACAGUGAAGCAGCUAAACUUGAUGAGAAGGACUGGGAGAUCAGCCACAACCUGGGUGUGUGCUACAUGCAUCUGAAACACUUCAACAAGGCACAAGACCAGCUAAACAAUGCCCUGGAGCUCAACAGACACGAUCUGACUUACAUGAUGCUGGGGAAAAUUCACCUACUGGAGGGGGAGGUGGAUAAAGCCAUUGAAGUCUAUAAGAAAGCAGUAGAGUUUUCUCCAGAAAACACAGACCUCCUGACAACCCUGGGGCUACUCUACUUGCAGCGUGGGGAUUACCAGAAGGCUUUUGAGCACCUUGGAAAUGCACUUACUUAUGACCCAACCAACUACAAGGCUACCCUGGCUGCUGGCAGCAUGAUGCAGGUCCAUGGAGACCAUGACGUUGCCCUCUCCAAGUACAGGGUGGUGGCCAGCGCGGCGCCCGAGAGCCCCCCCCUGUGGAACAACAUCGGGAUGUGCUUCUUUGGGAAGAAGAAAUACGUGGCAGCCAUCAGCUGCCUGAAGCGGGCAAACUACUUGGCUCCCUUUGACUGGAAGAUCUUGUACAACCUGGGCUUGGUCCACCUCACCAUGCAGCAGUAUGCAUCUGCCUUCCACUUCCUGAGUGCUGCUAUCAGCCUCCAGCCCAAGAUGGGAGAGCUCUAUAUGCUCCUUGCAGUUGCUCUGACAAACCUUGAAGACAUGGAGAACGCCAAACGUUCCUAUGAACAAGCUGUGGCCCUGGACAAGUGCAACCCCCUGGUCAACCUGAACUAUGCCAUCCUGCUGUAUAACCAGGGGGACAAGCAGGGAGCCCUCUGCCAGUACCAGGAGAUGGAAAAGAAGGUCAGCAUGGUGAAGGAGAGCAGUGCCCUUGACUUUGACCCUGAGAUGGUGGAGGUUGCCCAGAAGAUGGGAGCUGCCCUGCAGGUGGGGGAGAGCCUGGUCUGGACUAAGCCUUCUAAAGAGUCUAAAUCCAAGCAGCGAGCUCCAGCAGGGAAAGCCUCCAGCACUCAGCAGCCUUUGGGCUCUAACCAAGCCCUGGGCCAAGCCAUGUCCUCAGCUGCAGGGUAUGGGAAGACCCUACAGCUUCCCCCAGGUGCUGGAGCAGCAGCAAAGCCUCCCUCACUGCCCCUGGAGCCAGAGCCAGGCCCAGACACCAGCCCCGAGGUGCCAGCAGAGGCUGAGGAGCAGAGCAAGAGCCGGGAGGCAGGGGACUAG